UAUUGGAAGUGCACAGAUUGACUGUUGCGUUACAUUGUGUACGAUGUCCGUUCAGAGGAGCUACUUUUGAAAUGGUCUUAGAUCAGUGGAUAGAGUCUGUCAAAACUUGUAAAUACCUUCCAGAAAACGAACUUAAAAAAUUAUGCAGCUACGUUAGUGAAUUGCUGAUUGAAGAAUGCAAUGUACAGCCUGUUUCUUUCCCUGUUACCAUAUGUGGUGAUAUUCAUGGACAGUUCUAUGAUCUUUUGCAGUUAUUUCGCAGAGGGGGCAAACUACCUGACAGGAAUUACAUCUUCAUGGGAGAUUUUGUUGACCGUGGCUAUUACAGCCUUGAAACUCUCACAUUCCUUCUUGUUUUAAAAGCCAAAUAUCCCGCACAUAUAACAUUACUGAGAGGAAACCAUGAAAGUCGGCAAGUUACCCAGUGCUAUGGCUUCUAUGAUGAAUGUAUCAAUAAAUAUGGCAAUGCAAAUCCAUGGCAUUAUUGUUGCAAAGUCUUCGAUCUUCUUACUAUAGCUGCAUUGGUUGGGGAAAAAGUCCUUUGCGUUCAUGGGGGUCUGUCACCUCAAAUCAAAACACUUGAUCAAAUCCGCACAAUCGACAGACAUAUGGAAAUACCGCAUGAAGGUCCUUUUUGUGACAUUUUAUGGUCAGAUCCUGAUGACGUAGCCCAGUGGGCUGUCAGUCCGCGCGGUGCCGGAUACUUAUUUGGACCAAAAGUCACUCGUGAAUUUGUUGAGUUAAAUGGUUUGGAGUCUAUUUGUAGGGCUCAUCAACUUGUCCAUGAAGGCUAUAAGUGUAUGUUUGAUGGACGGCUAAUCACUAUUUGGUCAGCUCCAAAUUACUGUUAUCGUUGCGGGAAUAUAGCAGCAAUUUUGGAGUUUCAGAGUCCGACACAAUUCGACGCCAAACUUUUCGAGGCUGUACCAGAUGAAGAAAGAGUCAAACCUCCUCUAAGAAUUACUCCUUACUUCUUAUAACAUAAUUCAAAACCUUAACUUCUUUUUCAGCAAAUAAUAAUCUUUUUGUUAAUUCUCAUUAACAUUACGAUCUUCAACUGCAGCUAAAAAACAACGUGUUGCAACGUAAAAACAGGCAAUAAAGUUGUACAGAUCUCUUAGAUUUUCAUAUACGAAUUCAUGUUGUAUUCUUUUUGUGAAUUUUUCAAGUCAAAAUAUAUCACUGGAACUAAAGAGA